UUAAUAAAGGUUAGGUUUUCUGUAUUGUUUAAUUUAUUUUUUAAAAUAUUAGUAUGAGCUUCGCUUAGGAUAUUGACAAUUACACGUUUAUUUAAAUUCAACAAAUUUAAAAACCUAGACUGUAAGAUACGAAAAUGAUAUUUAAGCAAUUAAUUCGUCCACAAAUUAAACUGUGUUUACGAGUUUUCAGGAAAGAUUUAAGUACGAAGCCACAGUGGGAAAUUAUAACAGGAGUAUGCGUUGAAAGGUUACCUGUCGUUACUCCACCACUGAACGACAUACAAAAAAAGUAUAAAGAGUUUUUAUGGACCAUAGAGGUUGAGAAAAGUUUAAAGUCGGAUCAUGAGAUAAGACAUGAAAAUGAUAAAAUCCAAGCUGAACUUCUUAAGAGUGAUUCUCAAGAUGUGGAUUUGGAUGCUGUAAGCAAAAUAACAGCUCAAGAUCUGGAAGAUGCAGCUACUGAGGAGUUAUCACAAUUCAAAUUUGGGAGUAUUGAAACAGAAGCAGACAAGAAAGGUGACAAGACAACAACUGACAGAUGUCUACAGCGACAUCUGGUGCUGGUUGCGCCAGUUAAAUUGGGUACUGAUGUAAGAACAAUACUCCCACAGGGUAAAUGGCAAGAGGGAGAGACAUUACGACAGACGGCUGAAAGAGUUUUAGAAGAACAUUGUGGGAAAGAUCUUAAAGUGCAAUUCCUUUCAAAUGCUCCUUGUGGCUUUUACAAAUAUAAAUAUCCACAAGGUUCACGAACAGAUGACUGCAUUGGUGCCAAAGUUUUCUUUUACUAUGCUAAUUAUCAAGGUGGUGCUGUAGACGGCAAGGAAAAGAAGUUCAACUGGCUAACAAGGAAUGAAUUGAAAGAACUUUUACCACCAAAGUAUAAUAAGUCAGUACAAGAGUUCUUAAUCGAAGAAAGUUGGUAAUUUAUGUAGAAAAAUAAAUGUACUAGUUAAUCAAA